CUUUAUUAUUAACAAGGUAUAUACGUGGUACUCGUGCAAUAUAUAGAGUAGGUAGAACGACAAGAGAGGAGACGGGUCGGGUUGUUGAAGCAAGAAUACCGACAAGAUGCGGAUCUGGGAGGCUGUGGUCAGAACUUUCAUUUUGAUUCUGUUAUUUACUACCGUUAUGAUCAUGUUGGCGAACAGACAUGACCGGACGAGAAGUUUAGAACUUGCCAAGUUAGCAUUGACAACAACCAAGCCAACUACUACAACCACUACAACCACUACGACAACCACGACCCUGCCCCCGACCACUACUACCACUACAACCACAACCACUACAACCACGCCGACUACAACCACCACCCAGAUGCCUUCCAUGUUACGAAGACUUGUUCUCUGGAUAUUCAAGUGGGGCCCGCCAAGUUGAACACCAUCCAAACCCAGUGCGGCGAAGCUGAGAUUAGACUGACAGAAAAAGGUGUUAGCUCUCAUAAGGAUUUGAAAAGAUGUACAUUUUGGUCUUUACAUUUCAUUUCUGUAUUGUUUUCGUGGUGUGUUUAUUAUUUUGUAAAAAAAGGCAAAUAAAUAUGCUUCAGCUGGAAGAAGUAGAAA